UCAAUCCACAACCGGGAGCACAGCUAAAGUAUAACAUGUAAGUGAUUACGCAGAUUACGCUUAGUCCUAUGCGUAAAACACAUCGUAUUGGCUCUUUGACGCCUUUUAUUUGUUAAAUCCAUAUUUAUUAUUGUUUACCGUUUUCCUCCAUAUAUGUUAGAGCACACAAACAUACACGAAAUGUUGUGGAGAGAGGAAUUGGGCAGAUGAAACGUCGGUUUCAUGUACUCCACGGCGAAAUACGCCUCACCCCAGAGAGGGCAAGCACAGUCAUCACUGUAUGUGCCAUUCUACACAACCUCUGCAAGCGGAGGAACAUUCCACAGCCAGACGAUGAUGACGAUGAAGAGGACGAUGACCCCGAUGAUGAUGAUGAUGGCGCUCGACAACAUGACAAUGAAUUUGGCCGUGUGGAACCGAGUGGACUGGCAUUUAGGGAUCACUUUGUGAAUACACAUUUUAGUGAACUGGUACCAGCAGCAGGAGGGAGAGGAGAGCCAGUGGGUGCACCAAGAGGGAGAGUUGGAAGAGAAAGGGGUGGAAGAGGAAGAGCUGUGAGAGGAGGUGCAGCUGGGAGAGGAAGAGCUGUGAGAGGAGGUGCUGCUGGAAGAGGAAGAGCUGGCAGAGGAAGGGCUAGGAGGGGGAGAAGAGGAAGAGCUGUGUGAUGUGAUGCUGCAGCUGGACUUUCAUCUUCAUUUCUCCUGUGGGGAAUAUAUAUAUAUUUAAUUUGUAACACAUUUUUGGGAAGUGGGUUGACCAGUUGCACGUUGUAAUUCUUCUGUAAAUAUUAAACAGAAAGGUUUUUCAUGAA